CCUUUUUUGCCCGUUUGCAGGUCAAAAUGACCGGUUCUCAUCUCACAUGCGUUGCACAUGCUAAACUCAAGGUUAAUGUUGUCUUUUCCAGUCCUAAAGCCCCAUUUCCUUCAAUUUUCCCUCCAUUUUUCUCUUUCUUCUCAUUUAUUUUCACUGCAACUCAUCUCUCAUUCUCCCAUUCCCUCCAUUUUUCUCUUCACAUUUUUUUCUUGUUGUUCUUAAAAAUGUCGUGCUACUGUUCAAGGAGGACAACAAUGAAGACGUCCUGGACUGAAUUAAACCCAGGAAGGAGAUACGAAACAUGUCAAAAAUAUAGGGAAAUUGGAGGUUGCAAUUACUUCGCUUGGGUUGAUCCCCCAAUGUGCGAAAGAUCUCGUCAGAUAAUUCCUGGCUUACUUCGAAGAAUUAACAACAAUGAAAAGGAGUUAAAGAAGAUUGAAGAACAGUUGAGCAAAAAAGGGUCAAGGGAAAAGUGGUUGUGGAUGGCCUUGGUAGUUGCCCUGUUGUUGGUCUACAUUCUUAUCUAGAUCUUUGAAAUUGUAGUAGGAUUAUUGUGGUUUUUUUAAGUGGAAAAAUAUAAUUACUUGGCCUAUGUAAGUUGCAGAAUUUUUAUGUGUAAUGAAUAUAUGUACUGAAUUUUUAUGA